AUGAAGCAUUUUGAAUCCACUGGUUCCGGUAAAAUAGUCGACAAAGCUAUGGAAAAUUCAAAGAAAAAAUUCAACACUUCGGUGAACCCAACUUGUUCAGCUGAUAUUCUUCUGCAAACUUUAGUUGUAUAUCUUUACGGUAAUGGUGGCAGUUUUCCUGUGAGAGCGUUAAUUGACACACGCAUCCAAAAAUCAUACAUAACUAAAGAAGCUGUUUCUAAAUUGAGUUAUGAACAAAUUAGAGCUGAAGAUAUGAUCCACAAUCUUUUUGGUGGUGUAGAGACUUAUGAUCAAGAGACAAUAUUUAUAGAUAUAUCAAAAGCGAUAUCUGGACCUUGGACUAAAGAAAUUGAAGAAAAAGGAAUAUUUCUUAGUGACAAAGAAGCCUGUCUCUAUGAUUCAACCUCUUCAGUGCAUUUGUUGAUAGGUGUUGAUAUAGCCGAUAAACAGUUUACUGGAAAAAUCGGGAAUUUAUCUUGCGGAUUAGUGGCAAUGGAAACGCUACUUGGAUGGACUGUUAUGGGAAAAUCAGAAAAUGAAGUGAAAAAUGACAGCUACAUGACAGUACUCUCUUUACAUGUGAACAACAAAAGCAUUAGUGAUCUUUGGAGUUUGGACACUCUUGGAAUAUUGGAUUCUGCAGAUAAACAAGGUAAAAUAGAAAUUGAGAAAGAAACCGAAAAGCUGGUUUUGAAUUCUGUUAAACAAGAUGGAGAUGGUAGAUAUGUUGUUUCAUUACCAUGGUUAGAAGAUCACCCUGUUCUACCUUCGAACAAAAGUCUUGCAGAGAAAAGAUUGAAAAAUGCAGUUGAUAGAAUCAAAAAUCUUGGUAUUCUACAGGACUAUGAAAAUGUUUUUGAAGAUUGGAAGAAAGAAGGUAUUAUUGAAGAGUUAAAUAGUGAAAAUCUCAAGGACUCUAAGUGUCACUAUCUUCCUCAUCGACCUGUCAUUAAAGAAAAUUCAACAACAAGGAUCAGACCUGUCUCCGAUGGUUCUGAAAAAUCCAAAAGAAGCCCAUCUUUAAAUGACUGCCUAGUAACAGGUUCAAACCUUGUGGAACUUAUUUCAUCCCUAAUAAAUAGGUUUCGUAUUGGAAAGUAUGGUGUGAUCGCCGAUAUAUGCAAAGCUUUUCUAUAG